GCUAUUCGUCUUCCUCAACGUCCUUCCGCCCUCCUCCGCACGAAUUUUCUAGCCGCCGUUCCUCUUCUUCAACGGCCGCGGCCUAACGCCUCCUACUCAUAAAUGCUCGUCUCUUCAAUUCCCCAACAAUCAAUACCGGAAACUGCUCACAAAUUCCAACAAUCACCAAUGAAAAUUGCUCAAUGGAAGUAAUACGCCGCCGCCUCCAGCUUAUAAUAAGAAGACGAUGCAAAUGCAACCCUACGUUUCACCCUGCUCGCCCCGCCUCCCCUGCAACCGGCCUCCACGCUGGUUGACCUCCGGCCGGCAAAUCCGCUGCAUGUUUUGCCCCCGCAGAAGAUAUUAUUGGAUCGAUUAUGCCUGCUGCUGCGAAGCACCAGAUAUCAUCACCUCUACUAACUUCAGGGACUUCACACAACACCUACUUUUAUUGGUACAGAACGCCUACUUUCAUUGGUUUACUUCCACCGAGGGAACUACAGAUACUUUCUCAGUACUACUAAUUGAAGAUGACUACAAUGAUCAACAGAUGUUUGAUCGAAUGGUCAGUAUAACAAUGAGCAACAUAAGAGGAAAUAAGGACACACAAAUAGCAGCAACGAAGCUUUGAUUUCAGUGUUUGAACCAAAUUUUAGAUGGUGCACGCAAGCUCGGUUUGUUGACAACUGAUUCGGUCACUUGAGGUCUUCAUUUAAUGUGCGUCAUUCAAAUUAGCAUGUUGCAGAUUGUAUACAAAUACGUAAACCCCUUCGGAUUGUAUAUACAGAUUUUCAGUUUGCAUGAUCAUAUUUGGUUAAUGCGUCUAUUGUCCUAUAUCUUUUUUCUGCUUUCCCGAGUUGUUUACAAGAUGUUUUGCUGCCCAAGAUGGUUUGCAAUUUCACUUUGGGAAGUACUUAUGUUCCCAAUAAAAUUGGUUGAUUAAAUAUGUUUAGA